AUGAAUCUUCCUGAGGAAAUCUUAGUGGAAAUUCUCUCAAGGCUUCCGGUUAAGUGUCUCCAUCGUUUCAAGGUAUCUUGCUCGUUAUUUUCUGCUUGUUAUAACAACACAAAUAUCGCCUGGAGACCUAACUAUGCUGCUAGCAAUGAUAAAAUUAGGAAAAAUUCCAUAUCGGUGGCUGUUCUUUGCUCGCAUGUUAACGGUUUAUUCUGCGUGUCUUUUGGACCCCCGUUAGGUUGUUUUGAUUGGUUUGAGAUAUGUCUUUGGAACCCUACCAUCAAUGAGUUAAGACGACUUCCCAAUUCUUCUUCACUGAGUCAUGAGGAAACAGAACCCCAUUAUGGGUUGGGUUAUGACUCAGCCAAUGAUGAUUAUGUAGUUGUGAGGCUCAUCACAAAUCUAAAUGAUAUGGUUACGAAGAAAAGGUCUAUCAGAGUCGAAUUAUACUCUUUGAAAACUGAUUCUUGGAUGCCUAUUUAUCAACCAUUCCCUUACACUAUGCUUCAUGAUCUUAGAGACACUUAUUUUGACUGUCACUUUGUGAACGGUAGAUUCCAUUGGAUGGUCCUUUGUGACAAAUCCAAUUAUCAUGAUUUCUCACCAGUGAUUGUGUCCCUAGACUUGUCAAACUAUGAAUACAAAGAUAUACCACAACCUAAUUACACAAAGGUGCCAAAUACUUUAGUAAGUUGGAAAGAUGCCAUUGGUAUAGUUGUCCUAGAUGGUCGGCUUUGUGUCUGCUGCAAUUACUUUGAACGCGGUUCUUUUGAUUUGUGGACAAUGAAAGAUUAUGGGGUCCAUCAAUCUUGGACGAUGAUGCUCUCUAUCCCUACUAUAGAUGGUAUUCUGGCAUCUCUUAAUUUGUCAUCUUGGUAUUUGGUUCCAUUGUAG